CACAGCCUGACUGAAUUAUAAGAUUAUUGCCAUUUAUGCAUCAAAGCAUAACAACCUUAUCAAAAUGAGUCAAUGAACAUAACUGUUUUUUUUUUUUUUUUAUGCGUUUAUAGACCGGAAGAAAGGUGGGAGUUUUCACCUCUGAUGCAGUUAAUGAACAGGCAGACGUGUCUGAUUUUAUUUUUGAACAUGUCAACAGUUAGUUAACGUCCCACCUUAAGCAGCCAUGAUGUCAUAAUCUCCCGCCUUAUUGCUUCAGGUGGCAAGUAAAGCAGGAAGUCAGAGAGCAGAGGCUGAGUUUGGUGUCAUUUUGUUGUCUGUUGUCGUCACGUCUUUUCCGAUCAGGUUCUGGUUCAGUUUAUUUAUGUGUGUGCUUUAGAUAAUGGUUUUUAUUCCAGACUUAGUUUGCAGAGCUGUUUGUUGUCUUGCUUGUGCAGGAAAAAGUGUGGAGUCAAAGAAAAGAAAUGAGACUAAUAAGUCACUCAGAGUGGAUUUCACCUCCUCUUUUUAUACCACAAGGAGCUGGUUUGGGCCUUUUUUCACAAGGUUUGGCUCAUAGACUUCAGUGGACCUUUACACUAACAGGUUUAAUGGAAAACAGGAGACAACUGAAGAACGUAUUCAUUGCCAUUGUGGUAGGAGUGACAGUCUUCAUCAUUUACCUCACUACUGAGGAUGGGCCUGAGCCAGCAUACAAAAAAUCUAAUUCCACUGCCUCUCCAUUGCCUGAACCAAAGUGGGAGGAUCCGGGCCCGUAUCAUGUGGCUUACCCACGGACCUACAGAUUCAUCAUGGAUGACACUCCAACGUGUAAGACCACCCAUCCAUUCCUGAUCUUGAUGAUUCCUGUUGCUCCUGCCGAUGUGGCAGCUCGGGACACCAUCCGAAGGACAUGGGGGAGUGAGAAACUUGUCCUUGGUCAGCUGGUUGAAACCAUCUUUAUAGUGGGGCUUCCUGGGGGGAAUAAUGCUAACCAGCAGCAGGAGAGACUCAGACAGGAGAAUGAGCAGUACCAUGAUCUCAUUCAGAGUAAUUUCCAGGACGGCUAUCGCAACUUGACCAUCAAGACCAUGAUUAUGCUGGAGUGGCUGGUUCGGCACUGCAACACGUCUACCUUUAUGAUGAAAAUUGACUCAGAUAUGUUACUUCAUGUUAAAAAUUUGGUUACAUUGCUGCUUGAUUUGAAGACGCCUAAAGAAAACUACAUGACAGGUUUGGUAUGGUGGCACAGCCCAGUUUUAAGAAACCCAUUCAACAGGUUUUAUAUGCCUAGAUACGUGGUACCCGAGCCAGAGUAUCCCCCCUACCCUCUGGGCAUGGCUUACAUCAUGUCUCUGGAUCUACCUAAGAAAAUCUUAACCGUCUCACCUCAGAUCAAACCCAUCUACAUUGAAGAUGCAUAUCUGGGUAUGUGCCUGAAACGCCUGGGUAUCUCUCCUACUGACCCUCCUGAUGAACAGAUGUUUCAGGUAAACCCCCGGCAUCCUCUGAGCAACUGCGAUCUCUCCAAAGUCAUCACCAUGACUACGAUGCGUAUUUCACAAAUACAAAUGUACUGGCAGAGGAUCAGGUGGGGAGUUCAGUGCUGAGCCUAAAUGGAAUAUCAAAUACUGUGGGUGGUUUGGCAAACUUUCUGUUUCAGUUUGAAACAUGGAACCAAGUUUUAUCUGAGUUGAAUAAGAAAAUGUCUGUUGUCAGGACUACCAGUUCGCUGCCGAAUUCAUUCUGUUAAGAUAUAAUUUUUUUUCAAAUUGUUUUAGUGGGGUUUUAAUGGAUGUAUGUGAAAUUUGACGUCGGCUAAAACAAAUUGAUAUUGGUAAAACAAAAAUGUCAUGAAUGCUUUUUUU